CCCUAAUAGAUCAUUGUUACGAUGUUGUGAUCGUGGGCGCGGGUGGUGCAGGGUUGAGAGCGGCUUUUGGCUUAGGGAGUAAGGGUUACCGCGUGGCAGUGGUCACAAAAUUAUUUCCUACAAGAUCUCACACUGUCGCCGCUCAAGGUGGAGUAAAUGCCGCUAUUGAUGAGAAGGAGGAUAAUUGGCUUUACCAUAUGUAUGAUACCGUUAAAGGGUCUGACUGGCUAGGAGAUCAGGAUGCGAUACAUUUCCUAACAAGAGAAGCACCUCGAGCAGUUUAUGAACUCGAAAAUUAUGGUUGUCCCUUUAGCCGUACGGACGAUGGAAAAAUCUAUCAACGUGCAUUUGGUGGACAAUCGUUAAAGUUUGGAAAAGGUGGUCAAGCUCACAGAACUUGUGCCGCCGCGGAUAGAACCGGUCACGCAAUACUACACACUUUAUAUGGGCAGAGCCUCCGUUACGACGUCCAUUAUUACGUCGAGUACUUUGCCCUCGAUCUUCUUAUGUUCGGACGAUGCUGCAAGGGAGUUUUAGCAUGGGAACUAGAAACCGGACUUCUGCAUCGCUUCAGGGCUCAUCAUACAGUAUUAGCUACAGGAGGAGCAGGAAGAUGUUACCUGUCCUGCACCGCGGCACAUGUAUGCACCGGAGAUGGUAUGGCGAUGGCCUCCAGAGCAGGAUUGCCCCUUGAAGAUAUGGAGUUCAUCCAGUUUCAUCCAACCGGAAUAUACGGCAGCGGCAUUUUGAUAACAGAAGGUAGCCGUGGAGAAGGCGGGAAGCUACUCAAUUCCGAAGGAGAAUUUUUCAUGGAACGAUACGCGCCGAACGCGAAAGACCUCGCCUCUCGCGAUAUCGUAUCCAGAGCAAUAACAAUGGAAAUAUUCGAAGGAAGAGGUGUAGGUCCGAAGAAAGACCAUGUAUUUUUGCAACUACAUCACUUGCCAACAGAAACAAUACGCACGCGACUACCAGGAAUUUCGCACUUAGCCUGGGUCUUCAGCGGCGUGAAUGUAGAAAAAGAACCGAUACCUAUCAUUCCCACAGUGCACUACAAUAUGGGCGGCAUACCCACGAACUGGCGAGCACAGGUUCUGACGCGAGAAAACGAGGAAGAUAGCGUGAUCGAAGGACUCUGGGCAGCAGGUGAAACCGCGUGCGUGUCUGUCCAUGGGGCCAAUCGGUUAGGCGCCAAUAGCCUUCUGGAGUUAGUCGUUUUUGGCAAGGCAAUCUCCGAUCAGAUCGACUGCAUGACCAGGCCUGGAGAACGUCACGAGGACUUACCAUCCAUUGUUGGCGAGGAGUCUAUUUGCCGCUUUGACGCGACUCGUUAUGCAAAAGGUUGUAUUCCUAUCGCCGAGCUGCGAGAAGAGAUGCAGCAAACUAUGCACAAGUAUUGCUCGGUGUUCAGAACCUGCGAUGUAUUACAACGAGGAUGUCGUGAGAUGACGCGACUCUUUACCUGCGACUUGCCGGAUAUAUGUGUUCAAGAUCAAUCUUUAAUCUGGAACACAGAGCUGGUAGAAGCCAUAGAAUUACAAAACAUGAUGUUGGUUUGUAUGCACAUCGUUUACGCGGCCGAAAACAGAAAAGAGUCUCGAGGGUCUCAUGCUCGGGAUGAUUUCAAAGAACGAAUCGAUGAAUACGACUACUCGAAACCGCUUGAAGGUCAGAAGAAACGAUCAUAUGCUGAGCAUUGGCGCAAACACACACUCACAUGGUCCCGACCAGAUGGAUCGAUCAGCAUUUCUUAUCGUCCUGUCAUCGACACGACACUGGACGAAACAGAAGCCCGACAUGUUCCUCCAUCGAUUCGAGUAUAUUAAUACGAUCAUUAAAUCCCAUUACGAUUCUUCCCUUUCACCUUUUUCGCCUGAUUUUUUCUUUUUUCCUAAAUUAACAUGGCUAAUAAUAUUACUAAUAUUAUCAACAUUCUUUGUAUUGACAUGAUUGAUAAUACAGAUAUGAGCUAUGUUUCUAUCUUGAAACCGCUAAAACAACGAA